AUGGUCCUCUGGGGAAUGAGACUUGGCAUGUUGGGAGAGGAGCUCCGACGCCACAAUCCUCCCGAGGCUAAAAGAUUCUCUGAAAGCACCUUCCAAGACACCCUAAUCGUCCUCAUCCAAAAACCACGCCCCGCUAAGCCACCGGCAUUCAAGCAGAAACUUGGGCCACACCUGCUGGCCCACCUCCAGCAGAACCCACCUCCAGCGGGGACCCCGCACCUCCAGCAGGACCCGGCACCCCCACAGGACCCCCCACCUCCAGCGGGGACCCCCCACCUCCAGCAUGACCCCCACCUCCAGCAGGGCGGCUCCACUUCCAGCGGGACCCCGCACCUCCAACAGGACCCCCCCACCUCCAGCAGGACCCCGCACCUCCAACAGGGCCCUCCACCUCCAGCGGGGCCCUCCACCUCCAGCAGGACCCCGCACCUCCAGCAGGGCCCUGCACCUCCAGCAGGACGACCGCACCCCAAGCAGGACCCCCGCAUCCCCAGUAGGACCUCCCUACCUCCAGCAGGACCCCCUCCCACCUCCAGCAGGAGCCCUACCUCAGCAGGACCCCCCACCUCCAGCAGGACGCCCACCCGCACCGUGCUCUUCUCUGCGCUCUUCCUUUCUCUUUACCAAGAGGACCAGAAUGGGGCUCCCACUCGGCCCGGCCUCUCGGACCCUCGCUUUGGCUCUGAGCGGUCACAAGCUCCCCUGAUUCAGCGCUCCCCUCGCGGGCCUCCCUCCGGCGUGGGGAGUCCUCCAGCUUCCCGUCCCUCCGGCCCGCACUCCGGGCCCAGAGGGCCUAGGCCGCCGCUCCGGCCCGCGCCCCGCCCCGCCGGCCCUCCGGCCGCCCCCUGCCCCGCGUACCUGGCGCUCCAAGCCAGGUGCAGCCGGCUCCCGCCUGCUUCCCCGCCGCAGCCCGGCGCUGAGCGACUGCCUGGCCUCGGGGGCGGAGUCCUUCCGGGGUCAGGAGGGGAAGGUGGAGGGAAAGUGGCGGGGGCCCUCUGGCCUUUCUGCCGGAGGGGCUACAUGUGA